CUCGUACCGGCGCGCGCGCACGCUUCCCUGCCAUUAUCAAUACGUAAUUAUUACUUACGACUAUCACAUAAGUGUCUGUGAAAAAUCUAUUACCACCGUAUAAUUACUAGUGUGAACACUGUGUGAAAACUGACGUUAGUUUCCUAUACAACUGUUGAAACUGCGGGACUUAUUUGAAAGGCGAUAAUAAUGGUUUAUGGAGCAUUGUGAAUUUGUGACCGUUUUCGCUUGGAUUCGGAAUAAAGACUCCAAAAUGCCGUGGGAUGGGUGGGAGGAGAUCGCGUACCAGGCGGAAUGCGACCGUCACGAGAGCCCCGAGUUCGACGAGGAGGCAUGGAACCUGUGCGCCGAGGACCCGGACAGCAGAACUCGCAAGAUUCAGGAGCUGAGGGACAUGAUAUACGAGCGUGGGGAAUGCCAGCCGCCACAAAUGGAUGACGCCUUUCUGUUGCGGUUUUUGCGCGCCAGGCGCUCCGUCCCCGCGCGUGCGCACCGCUUAAUGGUUCGCUACUGCAAAUUCCGAGAGCAGAAUCCACACCUCUGGCGCGGAGUCGAUUGGUUAGGCAUGCGCCGGCUCGGCAACGUGUUCGAAGGCGUACUGUAUGACCGCCCUGACGUUGGCAGACUCAUACUGUGCCGACUUGGUCUCUGGGACCCAGACACAACCCCAGUCGAAGAUCUGAUCCGCGGCACCCUCCUGCUCCUCGAAGUAGGGAUCAUGCAACCAAAACUCCAGGUCCUAGGUGGAGUGGCCAUGGUGGACUGUGCCGGAAUCACCAUGAAACAUAUGAGAUAUCUCACUCCGUCCAUCGCGCUACAAGCUAUGAAUGUGCUAGGGUAUGCAUUCCCACUUCACCAACGCGGUGUCCACGUGGUCAACUGCUCCCGUGUCUUCGAGACCUUAUUCUACUUCUUCAGAAGACUGGCACCAGCCGACGAACUCUGGAAGAAAGUCUACUUCCACAACGACUUUGCUUCUCUUCAUAGGUACAUCGACCCAGAGUGCCUGCCAAUUCGAUACGGAGGAAAGCGGAAAGAAACGUCACUUUACACAUGGCUGACGAAGAUCAAGCAUUACAGGAACAAGAGUUUCGACGACGAUAUCUGCAAGCUGGGGUACUCUGCCGAUUAUGAUUAUGACGAAAUUUAAAGAAGAUCUUUAUUUUCGUGAAAAAUACACUACUUGUAUGAAAUACUGUCACAAGAAGAUCCCAGCCCCUUGGCAAGUUGACAAGGCCUAAAAAUAAAAAGAAGUGUUUAAGCUGAAUAGAGUCAAGCAUUACACUCAUGUGAUGUGUAACAUAAUGUUUAUUUUUUGUUCUACUACCUUAGGUAGGAUAUGAGUCUGAAAAACAUUUGUAAAAACCUUAGGGUUCAUGUAACAAUAUAAUGUUUGUUUGGGGGUGAUAUGAUAACAGGUAGUAAGAAUAUUAAAAAAAACACUGGCCAAGCAAUAGAUAGAACAAUAUUGUUGAGGUCAUGGGAUAGGUACUUUUAUACAUAUAAUAUAAUACCUAGGUAUACAGGGUGCCCGGUAAUUAAUGGACAACCUUUUAACCACCAAGAGGGCACCUUAUACUGGUCCAGAAAAUCGACUUUAAGG